ACUGCCUAAAGAAAAGGAUGAUACUAGAAGAACAAACACACGGUCGAUCUUGUUUAUUGGCAAACUUAACAGAUAAAAUUUCCCUACAUCAAUUAACCCUGAACUUGGAUGUUUGAGUAACUUGUAUUUUGCCAUGUUCCUAAUAGGCAAAAGUAAGCAUGAACGUGUCCAAAGUUAACAAGGAAGCAACAGGCCUGGAAGUAGCCAAUUCUCGCGGAGGGAUAGGAGACUUGAUGUUGAUGUUUGAACUCAGGAAGAAGAUAAUAACCUUUAGAGACAUUCUUCACCUCCCACCUUGUGCUAAUGCUACUGCAAUUGCUGAGUUGGUCGUGCGAACUUUGGAGGAUCUUAAGAAGUUGUAUCCCAGUAUCCUGCCGAAUAUCGAAGAAAGCAAAGAAGUUUCAUUACAGCAGGAGAUGUCCAAUCUUUACGAGGCUCUAAAAUCUAUAGGAGACGUCUGGGACAACAAUCGUAUGUUAGUUGCUGACUCUGUGCACUGUGCAGAUGGUAGCUCAAAUGCUACAAACUCGAAGCAACUUGAGUUGAUAAAUGACUUUUUUAAAGGAAAUUUACAGUUUCUGUGCAUGCAAGGUGGACGAGUGAUUGAAGAGCUUGACAAUAUGAUUAAAACUGCAAGGCAGAAUUUUGAUGUCAUGCAUGAAGAUGAGAAAAGCAAUAAAGACGUUUUAAGAGAAAUGUCUCCAGAUAUCAAAAACACCUGUUCUUCUCUAGCAUCACCCAAUUCAGUCCCUACUGGUCUGAUGAAACCCAGUGCAGUUGCUGAUGCUUCUAACCCUCUCCCCACUUUACUUCAGACAGUGGAAAAAUGCAUCUCCACGGACAUAUGUCCUGCGGUGUCAUUACAAGGCACUGUUCCUGUUAAAGAGGGGAGGAAGAAGGCGGAUGAACAAACAGAGAACUUUAGCAAAGCGAAAAGCACCACUGAAGGAUCACCAAGAAUAGCAACGAAUGAAGUCACAAGUAGUCCCAAGUCUGGAAUCAAACCUAAGAGCAAUUUGAGUGACAUGCUUAACGCAAGAAGGCCAAAAGAAGCAAGCCGGUCUUUAUCACUCCCAUCCAUUCCCACAUCUCCAGUACCCCUUGCGGCUCCACCUCCACCUCAUCCUCCAACAGUUGGGGUUUCACGGCUAAAUGGUACUGCUCCGCCUCCACCUCCUCCUCCAGGAUUGGGGGUUCGAAAAUUCCCAAGCCUGAAGAGAUCAAAUUCAAAACUGAGGAGAUCAAAUCAUAUGGGAAACUUGUAUCGAAAUCUCAAAAGAAAACUGGAAGGAUCAAAUGUUACUGAUGCAAUAUCUAAUAAGAUAAAUCGUCGGGUUGGUGGUCUUACCAGCAUAAAACAAGGAAUGGCUGCAGCCCUUGCUGAAAUGACAAAAAGAUCAGCAUAUUUUCAUCAGAUUGAAGAAGAUGUUCACAAGCACUCUGAAAUGAUCAUGAAGCUGAGAGAUGACAUAUGUUCCUUUAAGACAAAAGACAUGGCUGAGCUUCAAAAGUUCCGUAGAGAUGUAGAGAAACAUCUAGAGGAAUUGAGUGAUGAGACUCAGGUUUUGGCAAGGUUUGAAGAUUUUCCUACAAAGAAGCUGGAAUCAUUGCGGAUAGCCGCUGCAUUGCACUCAAAAUUGGAAGGAAUAGCUUUUACCCUGGAGCAUUGGAAAACUGAGCCUCCAGUUGAGAUGAUGCUCGACAAGGUGGAACGCUAUUUCAACAAGAUUAAAGUAGAUAUAGAAUUAUUGGACCGGAGCAAAGAUGAAGAUUCUAAGCAUCUUCGAAGUCAUGAUAUUGUUUUUGACUUCAACAUAUUGAUAAGAAUCAAGGAACUUAUGGUGGAUGUUUCCUCAGCCUGCAUGGAGUUGGCACUCAAGGAACGAAGAGAAGCAACUGAAGGAAAACGAAAAGCACUCACGAAACUGCUAUGGAGGGCUUUUCAGCUAGCGUUUCGAGUCUAUACCUUCGCUGGGGGACAAGAUGAGCGAGCUGACAGUUUGACCAAGGAACUAGGUCGAGUACUACAUAGUGAUGCGUGAUAGUAGUGAAGUCAUAGAAUCCUCAAACAAGUGCAGUAAUCUCUGCAUAUCUCCUAUUGGCAAACGACAGCCUAGAACCAUUGUUGUAACAUCUCCUGUAGUUUUUGAACUGAAGCGCUGGAUUCAGGUGCAAUGACAUGAUGUAUCUGGAAUCCAAAAAAAUUGUACUAACUCAUUGAGAAUUAGUGUGCAUACAAGAAAGUUUUGGUUAC